AGGAGGGAUUUAAGGGGCUUUCUAUGGCUAUAGACUACAAGGACAAAUAGCACCCCCAAACCCCAGAGCUCGGGUAUGAGGCGCCUCUCUCCGCCGGGGCUCAUGGGGAGAAGAUGGAAGGAGAGAUUUCAGUCUAAAGCGGAUGAGCUGAGCUGAAGGCACGGCUCCAUCCUUCCCACCACACAGGCGAGAAAAUGUGAUCAGAGGAGCCGAAAAGCUGAGCAGGCUGCCAGCGCUCGCGUCCUGCUCCCGCUGCCUCGGGCAUCCCUUCCUCUCCCCCUCUGCCUCCUGCAGGAAUAAGCCUUUCGUUUGCAGCCUCGACUCCUGCCAAUCCUUGUCACUAAAUGAGGGAGCAUAAUGCUGAACAGCAUCACCGAUGGGCUCCUCUGCUGCCUGAUGGGCAAGACGACCAACGCUGUGGGGCCGCUGGACAGCGUUGAGGCCAGCAACGGCUACAGCUUCAUGGAGGUGAAGCCGGGGAGGAUCCUGCGGGUCCGGCACAGCAUGCCGAGCCGCCCGGCCGCCGAGCCGCCCGAGGAGCCGCAGGCGGGGGGCGCGGAGCGGGGCACGGUGCACUGCAAGCGCAAGAUCACCCUGUACCGCAACGGGCAGCUGGUGAUCGAGAACCUGGGGGACGCCGUCCGCUCCGAGAUCCUGCACUGCCACAACGGCUCGGCAGAGCCCAACAGCACCGUGGAGCUGGAGCUCUCCGAGCUUGCCGGCCAAGCCCCCGCCGGCACGCCGGGAGCCGGCACGCCGGGAGCUGGCACGCCGGGAUCCGGCGCCCGCGACGCGGCCCCCGCCAAGCGUCGGAAGCGCAAGCCGAAGAAAGUCAUCAACAUCGACUGCAAGAAGCAGAUCACGAGCUGCAAAGGCACGCACGGCGACGUCGUCCUCUUCUUCAUCCACGGCGUGGGCGGCUCGCUGGACAUCUGGAAGGAGCAGCUGGACUUCUUCACCAAGCUGGGCUACGAGGUGGUGGCUCCCGACCUGGCCGGCCACGGCUGCAGCUCGGCCCCCCAAAUCGCCGCCGCAUACACCUUCUACGCGCUGGCAGAGGACAUGAGGGCCGUCUUCAAGCGCUACGCGAAGAAGAGGAACAUCCUCAUAGGGCACUCGUACGGGGUCUCCUUCUGCACCUUCCUAGCCCACGAGUACCCGGACCUGGUCCAUAAAGUGAUCAUGAUCAACGGAGGGGGCCCGACGGCGCUGGAGCCCAGCCUCUGCUCCAUCUUCAACAUGCCCACCUGCGUGCUGCACUGUCUGUCCCCGUGCCUGGCCUGGAGCUUCCUCAAGGCUGGCUUCGCUCGCCAGGGUGCCAAAGAGAAGCAGCUGCUGAAGGAAGGCAACGCCUUCAACGUGUCCUCCUUCGUGCUGCGCGCCAUGAUGAGCGGGCAGUACUGGCCCGAGGGCGACGAGGUUUACCACGCGGAGCUGGCCGUGCCCGUGCUGCUGGUGCACGGCAUGCACGACAAGUUCGUGCCGGUGGAGGAGGACCAGCGCAUGGCCGAGAUCCUGCUGAUCGCCUUCCUGAAGGUGAUCGACGAGGGCAGCCACAUGGUGAUGAUGGAGUGUCCUGAGACGGUCAACACCCUGCUCCACGAGUUCGUCCUGUGGGAGCCCGAGACGCCAGCCGGGGACGGGCAAGGAGAGAAGAAAUAAGGUGGCGGGGACGCGGUGACCGGGCUGCUCCCAUGGGAGAGACGUUUCGGAGCGCAGAGGGCUUUACGAGCGCGGAGGGGCACGGCGCAGCCUGCCCCCGCCGGGAGCGGAGCUGAUUUUCUUUCCCGGCCGCAGCCGGGUCGCAGGCUGGUGGCGGAGCGUGGAGGCUCCCCCGGGCACGGGUGCGCGGGGCCGGCAGCAGCGGGACCACGGCAGACCCGGUCGCCGUCCCCUCGGGGAUGGCAUGGCAGCCGCUGGAGCGUCUUCAUCCUGUUUCGUUGUAGUAUUCUUUUCUUCACGCAGCGACCCCCCGGGGGGGGCAGAGAGAGGAUGCUGCGGGGGGCCUGCUCCCACCUGCAGCACGGGACGAAGGCAGACGGGUUCCUGCAGGGAAAGCGCGGUGCCCCCCCGGCCUCUUCCUCGCCAGGGCUGGAGGAGCUGAUUUGGGAUUGCUUUAAGGGGAAGCCAAAAGUGGGAUUUGCCUCUCUAACCCCAGGGGGGGUGGGGGGAGGGCGACGAGGCUGAGCUCUCCCCCAGUGCCACCGUUCGUGCAGUCGUGUCCCCAACCACCGCCGCUUUAGGUUACCGCAGCGCUGGCUUCCGCAGAGCUCCCCUCCUGCUGCUGCCGGGGCUCCUUGAGGUGCUCGGAGCCGCCACCACCGCGCCACGCCGCCCGCCCUCCCCGGCACCCGCAGCAACCCCCCGAGCAACGCGGGGCGGACGAUGCGACCGAGGGCCGAGCGCUCGUUACCAGCACCGGCUCUGUGCGCAACCCACGGAUCCCGGGGCCGUUCCUCCCCCUCCACGACUCGUGUCCCAUAUCCAGGCAGGACCGAGAAGGUAUAUGGGAUGUGCCGAGCGGGGACCCGGGCACCACUGCGGGGUCCCUGUGCUCCCGGCCAGGCUGGGGGGCUCCGCGGGACCCCCGAGCGAGCCGGGGAUGUGCUCGGCGCGGCUGCUCCCCAGCCCCAAGCCCACGUGCUGGGGAUGGCCGCAGCCUCCCCGUUACCCCAAAGAGCAGAGCCGCUCCCCUCGUUUUCUCCUCUUCCCUCCCCCCCCCAUCUAAACCAAAGAAACAGCCAGGCCUGUUUGUCCCAUGGGAACCUCGCCCUCUGGGUGGGUGCAAGAGCCCCCCCUCGUCCCCGGCACCCCAGGUCGGCUCCAGGGGCUCCCAGCCGUGCGGGGCUGCCCUAAUCAGAGCUGGCACCCCAAAACCGAGCGAUGGGGAAGAGGAAGGGCCCUCGGGAGCUGGCGCGGCAGGGACCGCGUGUGACGAGUGCCACCGCACGAGCCACGCUCUGUCCCCUCCGCCCGCCCAUGCCCACCACUGCAGCCUCCUGUCUCAUAAUGAGAAUUUUAACGCCCUAAACCUGGGUGCGGACGCGUUUCCGCACGCCUACCCCGAAUCACGGCUCUGCCCCCCCCCCCCCACACACACACCGCACCCCCACCCCCCUCAAAACGGGCCGGAGGUGCCCGUCAGCGCCACGGCCCCUCACCCUCUGUCGCCACGGAGUCUGUGCCGCUCGUACCGCCACCGCUUGCGCUAAGGCAAAGGCAAACCGCUCCCCGCUCCCCCGCCGCUGAGCCACGCGCCGUGUUCGUGCCAUUUCAUCCAGUAAAGCCGUGUUAUAUUCUCA